GGAAUAUCUCGUUGUUCCUUCGAAUCCAAGAUUCCGAGCUAUAUGCACUCCGUACCGAGUAUAGGAUUCGUGUAUAGUAUCUAGUCCACUCACCGCGGGUAUUGCGGACCGUAUGUGUUUUUGAGUACAUAAUGGUUUCCGAGGAUGUGUCGUUGUAGUUGUAGGGUAGUAGUAUAAGUAUGCUCUAUCGUUCUCAUCCAGAAACUACUCAUCUCCAGCUCAUUCAAGUCAUAUCAUACCAAAUCGAACACCACAAUGUCCACCUGGAACCCUCAAGACUACCGCACCCGCCCGGUUACCAUCCUAGGCGGUGGCGUCCUCGGUCGUCGCGUUGCCUGCGUCUGGUCCUCCGCCGGCUACGCCACCCGCAUCUUCGACCCCAGCCCCGACCAACGUCAAGCAGCAAUAACCUACAUCACCGAAAACGCACCUUCCUACGCCCAACGCACCGCAAUCCAACCAAACAAUGACAUCCAGGCCUUCGACAACCUGGGCGAUGCAGUCUCAACCGCCUGGCUAGUUAUCGAGGCCGUUCCUGAGAAACUGGCCCUCAAGAUUGAUACAUUUGCCGAGCUAGCCACUCUCGCACCGGCGGACUGUAUCCUGGCAUCGAAUUCUUCGUCCUAUAAGACCUCCGAGAUGCUUGAAAAGAUUGCCCCGGAGGCAGAAGCUAGGACUCGGAUUCUGAACACGCAUUACUACAUGCCCCCCGGGAACAUGAUCGUCGAGCUCAUGACAAACGGCCACACAAGUGUGUCUAUCUUCCCGUUCCUCGUUGAGCGAAGCAGAGAAGCUGCAUUGGUACCGUACGUCGCGAGGAAGGAGUCUACGGGUUUUAUUUUCAAUAGACUCUGGGCGGCGGUGAAGAGAGAGGCGUUGAUGGUUUUGGCGGAGGGUGUUUCGGAGCCAGAGGAGAUUGAUGAUAUGUGGAAGAGGAUGUUUGUGGAGGGGGCUGCUGUACCUUGUGCGAUGAUGGAUAAUGUCGGUCUUGAUACGGUUGCGUUUAUCGAGGAGCAUUAUGUCAAGGAGAGGGGGCUUUCGGGGGAGAAGACUGUUGAUUUUCUGAGGGAGAAGUACCUGGAGAAGGGCAGGUUGGGGUCGAAGUGUGAAAAGGGUGGUUUGUAUCCUCCUGCCUCCUAA